UACAGAAAGUACUGGAUCCAGGUUGAUCAGCGAUGACUUGGAGAGAAAAUAUGAGUCCUAGUCCAACCACCACAAUACUGCUCACUCUGAUAGCUUUACUUAACAUCUACUUAGUCUUGGCAUCCUUCCAGAAUAACGGGAUGAUACGACUACGAGAAAUGCCAGACGAUUAUUUCACAGUUACUCUCAAUGCUCAGAUUUCAAGAGAUAACACUGCAAUUACAAACAGUUUCACAUGGCCUUAUGUUGCUGCAGAACCAUCAGCCAAUCCUUCACCUAAAAACUUAGACCGAACUUUACAACAAUUCGAAAAUGUACUGGAAACUUCACAACAAUUGGAAAAUGUACUGGAAACUUCACAAAAAUUGCAAAAUUUACUGGAAAUGGGAUCAGAAGAGAAUCGAACAGUAGUGUUGCUAGUUAGUGACUACAGAUCAGGGUCUUCUCUGCUGGGUGAAAUGUUCAAUCAGAACGAUGAUGUUUUCUACUUGUUUGAACCACUGUUAGGUGUGGUCGGACCACGUGCUCAGAAGAGGUUUCUAGAAAGGUUGUUGAGCUGUAAUCCGCUACAUUGGGGUUUUUUGCGAAGGAGCAGACAAAGUGGCUGUGGGGAGUUCACGGAGGAAACUCCGGAUUACAGGAACUGUCUGAAGAACACAAAUCGCACUGCGGAGUGUUUAAAGUACGGUAUAACAGUUGCCAAGUUUAUUAGGUUAAGAGGGAUAGAAUCUAUCCAAGAUUUCGGUAUUUUAGACAAACCCAACGUGUUUGUAGUGCACAGUUUCAGAGACCCGAGAGGGACAAUAAACUCUCGAUUAUCAUACGACGUGGUGAAUUAUAACGGUAAGAAGAUCCCCCGUGAUGGGCUAACAGAGGAAAUAGUGGGUAAUAUAGCAAACUCGCUCUGCUGGAGGUAUUAUAAUGACUCUGUGUUCGGAGACAGUCUCCCCAACAAGUACACCAGGGUCACGUACGAAGACGUCUGCACUGACCCUGAAACCAACAUACGUCACGUGUACAAAAUGAUAGGUCACGAGGCACCCCAACGUGUUCUGGAUUGGUUCGCACAGCACACCCACGCUCACAGCAUCUCUGCUAAGGACGACAAGAUGGGUCUGGAGCGGAACUCUGCGCUGACUGCUGUGCGGUGGAAGGAGGAACUACCACGCGAGUUCAUAUGUGCUAUUGAGAAGAACUGUAGACAGCUGAUGGAUUAUCUUCAGUUAGAAUACACUUGCAGCGACAACAAUAUGUAAAUGUAAUGAUUACUGAUAACAAUAACAUUAGCAAUUAGGGUACUGAAGUAUUACUAUCACUGUUAAGAAGCGUUUUCUUAUACA